AUGACGGACUUUCGGCGAAUUUUUAUUAUUAUUAGGAUGUUGAUGUGUUUGAAGUCAUGUCAAGCUGCGUUGCAGUUGCCGCCCAUUGUAACUGCAUAUUAUGUUGCGGAUGGUACCAUCAGAGUAUCGUGGAGUCCCCCUAACACAACACUUGAAAUUGAAAAUUAUUAUAUCAAGGUCUUGGAGACUGGAAUUUACACUUAUAAGUCACCUAAUUCCCGUAAUUUCCGAUACAAGAAUCCAACACCAGACUCAAAAUAUACUUUCCAGGUGUCCACAGUCAUAUCAAAUACAAUCCGUGGAUCGACCAUCACCUCCGUUAACACUCCCGCAGCCAAAUAUAUACCGAAAGGGGAUAAAGCAAGUCUGUCGUUACCAGUAAGGACUAGUGCCAUCCAAACUGUUUUAUUUAAUGGGUUGGUGCUUGCCAGUAUUAAAAACGGCGUAAUCCGCCGAAGACCUCCGAAAGACAUCACAGUAAAAGUAACAGCGGACGCUAUUGAGUUGAACAUAAAAAAGGUGGCGAAAUCCAAUGCCGGAUACUACUUCAUAGGAUCAUUCUCAAGAGAGUUAACUGGAGAGAUGUUGUUUCCAUACGUAUAUAAUGUUUACACUUGUGUUGCGACCGAGAAAGGAAAGGACGCAUGUAGGUCGUCUUCAGAUGAAAGUGAUGGUUUUCAGUUAAAUCCAUACCGCCCGUCCGUAAUCAGCGGCCUUAGUUACCUGGACAGUGGUCGCUAUAACCUGGUUAGAACCGGUUUUAUCUGGUACACAGAAAGGUCGAGUCUAGUGCUUAUUGCCGACAUUGACACCAACCCAGAUGCUGAGGUGGCCUUAUUACGUAAUAAGACAACGGUUGCGACGGGAGUCAAAACCUCUUUUGGAAAAUAUGCUGUCGUUUUGAAAAAACUUCAGUGUAAUCACACUGGAAUGUAUCACGUCAGAGCUAGCAAUGCCAUGACUAAAACUCAACGCAAUACCGAACCUUCUUUGAGGCAGUUUGAACUUCAAGUAAAAUGUAGCCCGCGAAGGGAAAAUGGUAAAAACCGGGUCAUUGAAGUCACAGGGGAAACGGGACAAACCACUCUGCUGAACGUAAGCGUUAUCGCCAACCCCAUGCCCACCGUUGAAUGGUCUGCAGACGUUACGUCACUUCCGAUUCUGCGCGACAACAAGUACAUGUUUACUUUAAGGGGCGAGGUCAUGGUUAAUGAGACGUCAGACUUCCGGAAGUUCCAUGUUAACGUAACUAAUGAAGCUGGUGGGUUGUUGAUCGUCACCUUUAAGAUCCGAUCUGAAGUUCCCGUGAUGCCAACGAAACCAACGAAGACUCUCCCUUGGAUUAAAAUAGUCAUCCCAGUUACCGUCGUUGCCGUUGUCCUGCUCGUUGCUCUAGUCAUCAUCAUCGUCGUACGGAUCAGAAGGAGACGCCAAAAGCUACAGAGGCAGAGUCAUACUUAUGGCAACGUCACCCCAGAAGGCUAUGAACUACCUACAAACUACACAAACCGCAGCAGCGACACUUCACAUCAAAGAGAAAGCGAUAAUUUCCUAAGUGAUGCUGCACAAAAUGAUGACAUAACACUGGAUUCCAAUAACGUGUAUGAAAACUUCAAGCGCCCAAGAUGUGGUGCUGCACAACGUGAUGCCAGAGUGCGAGAUUCCAAUCACGUUUAUGAAACCAUAAGUGAACGAAGAUUUGUACGUUUGAUGUGACGCCAUCAGCCAGACGGAGAAAAUGGCGUCAUUUGAUGGAGCAAAACGACAGAGCAUAUUGACAUUUCUAUGACAAGUACUGCAGCU